CGCGCCCCGGUUGCCUCUGGAACAAGCGGCGUGCACAGCUGUCUUCCGUCGGGCGCGGGCCGGCCGCCCGGCCUGCUGCCCUCUCUCCCGCCUCCCGCCCCAGAAAUUAUCUCAAGCGUUGCCAGUUUGAUUCCAGAGCCCCACUCGGCAGUGGACGGAGCAGACCUCUCGGCAGCAGCGUCGUGAGGACUUAGCUGGGACCUGGAAUCGUAUCCUCCUGUGUUUUUCAGACUCCUUGGAAAUUAAGGAAUGCAAUUCUGCCACCAUGAUGGAAGGAUUGAAAAAACGUACAAGGAAGGCCUUUGGAAUACGGAAGAAAGAAAAGGACACUGAUUCGACAGGUUCACCAGAUAGAGAUGGAAUUCAGCCCAGCCCACAUGAACCACCCUACAAUAACAAAGCAGAGUGUGCGCGUGAAGGAGGAAAAAAAGUUUCGAAGAAAAGUAACGGGGCACCAAAUGGCUUUUAUGCAGAAAUUGAUUGGGAAAGAUACAACUCCCCUGAGCUGGAUGAAGAAGGCUAUAGCAUCAGACCCGAGGAACCCGGCUCUACCAAAGGAAAGCACUUUUAUUCUUCGAGUGAAUCGGAAGAGGAAGAAGAAUCACACAAGAAAUUUAAUAUCAAGAUUAAGCCAUUACAAUCUAAAGACAUUCUUAAGAGUGCUGUGACCGUGGAUGAGCUGAAGGCAUCGAUCGGCAACAUUGCACUUUCCCCAUCACCAGUGAGGCGCAGCCCGGGUGCAAUUAAAAGGAACUUAUCCAGUGAAGAAGUGGCAAGACCCAGGCGUUCCACACCAACUCCAGAACUUACGAGCAAAAAGCCUCCAGAUGACACUACGGCCCUUGCUCCCCUCUUUGGUCCUCCAUUAGAAUCAGCUUUUGAUGAACAGAAGACAGAAGUUCUUUUAGAUCAGCCUGAGAUAUGGGGUUCAGGCCAACCAAUUAAUCCAAGCAUCGAGUCGCCAAAGUUAACAAGGCCUUUUCCCACUGGAACACCUCCACCACUGCCUCCCAAAAAUGUACCGGCCACCCCGCCCCGAACAGGUUCCCCGCUAACAGUUGCACCAGGAAAUGACCAGUCAGCCACAGAGGUCAAAAUUGAAAAACUACCAUCAAUCAAUGACUUGGACAGCAUUUUUGGCCCAGUGUUGUCCCCCAAGUCUGUUGCUGUUAAUGCUGAAGAAAAGUGGGUCCAUUUUUCUGAUACGUCCCCGGAACAUGUUACUCCAGAGUUGACUCCAAGGGAAAAGGUGGUGUCCCCACCAGCUGCAUCAGACAACCCAUCUGACUCCCCAGCUCCAGGCCCCCCGGGCCCUCCGGGCCCCCCAGGCCCCUCAGGACCCCCUGGUCCUCCUCGCAAUGUACCAUCGCCGCUCAAUUUAGAAGAAGUCCAGAAGAAAAUCGCUGAGCAGACCUUCAUUAAAGAUGAUUACUUAGAAACAAUCUCAUCUCCCAAAGAUUUUGGGUUGGGACAGAGAGCAACCCCACCUCCCCCACCACCACCCACCUACAGGACUGUGGUUUCAUCCCCUGGACCUGGCUCGGGCAGUGGUACGGGGACCACCAGUGGUGCAUCAUCCCCUGCUCGACCAGCCACUCCCUUGGUUCCUUGCAGUAGCACCACCCCUCCACCGCCUCCUCCCCGGCCUCCAUCUCGGCCAAAGCUACCUCCAGGAAAACCUGGAGUUGGAGAUGUGCCCAGACCUUUUAGCCCUCCCAUACAUUCUUCCAGUCCUCCUCCGAUAGCACCCCUUGCCCGAGCUGAAAGUACUUCUUCAAUAUCGUCCACCAAUUCCCUGAGUGCAGCCACCACUCCCACAGUUGUGUCAGAAGAUGAUGUUUUUUAUGACAAACUGCCCUCGUUUGAAAGGCGCUGUGAAACGCUGGCAGAGAAUGAACAGCCUUCCCUCGUUUGGUUUGACAGAGGAAAGUUUUAUUUGACUUUUGAAGGUUCUUCCAGGGGACCCAGCCCCCUGACCAUGGGAGCCCAGGACACCCUCCCCGUUGCAGCGGCAUUUACAGAAACAGUCAAUGCCUACUUCAAAGGAGCAGAUCCAAGCAAAUGUAUCGUGAAGAUUACUGGAGAGAUGGUGUUGUCUUUUCCUGCCGGCAUCACCAGACACUUUGCCAACAAUCCAUCGCCAGCUGCUCUGACUUUUCGGGUGAUAAAUUUCAGCAGGUUAGAACACGUCCUGCCAAAUCCCCAACUUCUCUGCUGCGAUAACACUCAAAAUGAUGCCAAUACCAAGGAAUUCUGGGUAAACAUGCCAAAUUUGAUGACUCACUUAAAGAAAGUGUCGGAACAAAAACCCCAGGCUACAUAUUAUAACGUGGACAUGCUCAAGUAUCAGGUGUCUGCCCAGGGCAUUCAGUCCACACCCCUGAACCUGGCAGUGAACUGGCGGUGUGAGCCGGCAAGCACUGACCUGCGCAUAGAUUACAAAUACAAUACGGAUGCAAUGACAACUGCGGUGGCCCUCAACAACGUGCAGUUCCUGGUCCCCAUAGAUGGAGGGGUAACCAAGCUCCAGGCCGUUCUCCCACCAGCAGUCUGGAAUGCUGAACAACAGAGAAUAUUGUGGAAGAUUCCUGAUAUUUCUCAGAAGUCAGAAAAUGGAGGGGUGGGUUCUUUAUUGGCAAGAUUUCAGUUAUCUGAAGGCCCAAGCAAACCUUCCCCAUUGGUUGUGCAGUUCACAAGUGAAGGAAGCACCCUUUCUGGUUGUGACAUUGAACUUGUUGGAGCAGGGUAUCGGUUUUCACUUAUCAAGAAAAGAUUUGCUGCAGGAAAAUACUUGGCAGAUAACUAAUAAAAUCAUAUUCAAGGAUUUGGAGGAUUCAUAUAAUGGAGAACUGUUGUAUGAGAAACAGGUUUUAAUUUUGGUUUGAUGAAAACAAACCAAAAUCUGCACUCGGGAUAUAUCUGCUGGAAAUGUCAGUGAUUUUCAGCAAUGAUUUCCCUCACACAAUACCAUGGUGACCAGUCUUACAGUAUUUACUUCUAGGUGUAAUAUUGUUAAUGGUUUUAAAAUGUAAUUAUUGUAUUUGUAAAUUGUACUCAUUCCAGUAAGGCCGUUAGACACUUGAGUUUUAGCAUUUUACCAUUCCUGAAAUGGAUGUAAUUUCAACUGUGGUAUGUAAAUUUAAUAGUAGUACUGUUGAAUGGCACAAUGCUUACAGAGGUAGAUUGCAUUUUGUCAAUAUAUAAAAUUUAAAUAUAAUAUUGAUAGCUGUCAUAAAGGGGGUGCCACAUACAAAGAAAAUUAAGUGGAACCAGGAAAAAAAAAACUUCCUUUUCUUCAAUCCUUAGUAUGUUUUACUCUAGUGCUAAAUAAAAAUUCUAUCUUCAAAUA